AACAGCUGACAGCCGGCAUUCAUUUGUUGUUCUCUGAGAUUUUACGUAAUAUUGUUAUUUAUUGUGAAUUUAAUUGUUUAUAAAGCACAUUAAAAUGAUGAUGCGCCACUGUAUGAUGGCCUUGAGGGUCGCCAGAUCCCAGAUCCCGCUCAGCGCCGCCAGGAGCACUCAAAGCAAUCUCCUCCAGCGUUUCUACGGCAGUCAAGCUCCUCAAAUUGGAGUCGUGGACUACGAUGUGGUCAAGAAACUGCCCAGCGAACCACAGAAACUGCUCAUCGAUGUCCGGGAGCCGGAGGAGCUGAAGGAAACUGGACAGAUCCCCGCCAGCAUCAACAUUCCUCUGGGCGUGGUGAGCCAGGAAUUGGCGGCCAGUGAGCAGCUUUUCAAAUCCAAAUAUGGCAGGGAAAAGCCAAAGCCAGAUACGGAGCUUAUAUUCCACUGCAAGAUUGGCAAAAGGAGCCUUAAGGCUGCAGAAGCUGCAGCCGCUUUGGGAUUCAAGAAUGUAAAGAACUACCAGGGAUCUUGGCUGGAUUGGGCCGAACGAGAAGGUCUGCCCAAGUGAAUAAUAUUGCUAUGCGAAUAUAUGCAUAAUUCAAUAUUUUGGAGUGUUUAUUCCAGUUCCCCAAACAACCCGAUUACUCACGUUUAAAAAUAAACAAUUAUGUGCUUUGGCAAGUCGUAAA